GAUGAGGCCACUGCACUCCAGCCCGGGCAACAAAGCGAGACCCUGUCUCAAAAAAAAAAAUGUAAUUGAAUUUGUACUUUUAAUUGGAAAAUGAGAUAGUUGGGAUGUGGGUAGAUCAGAUAUUUGGAAAAAAAAGACAUAGGGAUUUUAAUGUAGUUACAGAUUUAGCUGUCUGGCCCACCCAGGACAAUAUUAUUUGUUAUAUCUUGAUUUUAUCUUGUAUUCCUUUCUUGAGCAACAAGAUACUUUUCUGGUUGUCCAAUUUACCUGGGGAAAAUGGGUAUUUGGCUAAAAUAGUCCAUCUCUACAAUCUACAGGAAAAUGAUCAGAGCCUGAAUUGGCCACUAGUAGCUAAAUCAGAGAAAUAAGGUACACAAUUUUCAAUGUCUAAAAUGAAACUACUUCCAAGAAGCAUUACUAUACCUGAUACCAAAACUCAAGAGAUACUUUGUCCUAAGGUUUUCAUUAAGAUGUCAGAAAUGUUUUCAUAGAGUAAGUAUUCCUAGAAUGAGAACAGUGUUUCACAUGACUGUUUCUUGUAACCUUUUUUCCUGCUGGCUGAGGGCAUAAUGCCAGAGUAUAAUGGUAUAAAUAAGAGGCCUAAAAACAGUCUUAAUCUGAAUACAGUAGUGUUUCAGGUAUUGUUAGGAAUAUAUCUAUACAGUAAUUGGGUUGGAAUGUAUAGUCUUAAAGCAAAUGCUACAUGAGUAUUUAUUGCAGUUUUUAAGCUCUGUCUUAUUUCAUUAGUUUGAUCAGUAUUCAAUUCUAUGAGGUAGGCACUGGAGCAGUGAACAAGAAAAGGCAGUGUGCUUUCCUGAUUGAUUUUUAUUCAUGCAUUACAUAUAUAAAUAUAUAUUAUAUGUUUAUGUGUAUUUUAUGUAUCUGUGAGCCCUAUCCUUUAUCGAAUGAGUUAGGCUAGAAAUAAUUGGGAAUUAAUGUACAAAACAGGAUUCUUUUAUUGUGUCUUUGCCAGAAUAAAAUUUUAGCACUUAAGCAUUUCAAAUAGCAUACAUACUAUAGGUAUGUAAUAAAUGCUCCCUGAGUUAAAAUACAAGAAUGCUAACUGCAUAUUUAUAGAGGUUUUGAUUGGAAUAAGCCAGUUAAUUUUAUGGCUGUGGCUAAAACUUAAUGCAGUGUAGGCUGUCUUAAUGAUGUGCCAAACAGGAGAGAGUUCAGAUUGCAAUAAACAUAAAAGUUAGAUUGUUUAUUUUUUAAUUUAUUGUUCAAGUCACCCUGUAUAUUGUUUUGGAGUACCAUGUCUUAAGAGAAAACAUUUAAUAUAUUGAAAGGAUAGAGAUCUAGGAGCUUUAGGUCUGAAGUGAUGUCAUGUGAGUAGUUGGAAAAAGUAAGUUUAUUGUAGAAAAAUGAUUACUGAGAUAGAUCUUGAUAUGACACCCACAUUCAAGUACUUAAAGAGCUUUCUCAGAAAGAGUCAUUCAAAUCACAUAGGACCAGGAGAAUGGUAUUUGAUACCACCUUGUCCUGUCUGCUCAUUUUAUAUUUAGAGGACAGAGCCAGUAGAUAAAAUCAUAGGUGCUUAGAUUUUUAUUAGCUCAAUAUGAUGAGCCGAUACUUAACAACUAGAUACUUAAAAAGUAGAACACAGCUUGUGAAUAGCACAGUUUUUUGUGGAGGUAUAGAGAAUCUGGCUAGCUCCUUGUCAGGCAUGCUGUGUUACCUGAUGGCUGAAUUUUUUUCUAGUUAUCUGGAUUGCACACUGCAUUGUACUCUAAAGUGCUAUGCUUUAUUGCUUUACUGGACAUUAUCAACUAAAAUUGCGAGUAGUAACUUUAAAAAUUUAAGUUGUUCAUUCCUAUUACAACAUAGAAAAAAGUGUAGCAAUACAGCAUUUAUUUUAAAUCUUAAGACUUUAUGCCAUAUCCUUUAUGACAUGCCAGAUCUUUGGAUGAUAAAUAAUUUGACAUUAGCUGUAAGAUUAAGUUAUUUGGACCCUGACAAUAUAUAAAAUUAUCUGGAUUGAUUAUCACUAAACAUGAGAAGAAUGAAAUGGAAACAUCAGGAGACCUACUGCAUAACUGGACUGGAUGGGUGGUCCAGAAGCAGAAUGAGACUGGAAGGACAUCCUUUAAACUGUUUUUGGUGUUCUAGGUUUUAACCAACUCUUUUGAAGUGAUUGACAGGAGUCAAGGCAUCUCUACGUGUGAACAUAAGAAUAUAUCAGAAAACAGAUGACAGAAUCAAUAAGUCAUGAAUGUUCUAAAAAUAAUGUGGCUGGAAAAAAUCAUGCAGUUCACUUUUAUGCUUUUAGAGAGGUUUAGCUAUAGCGUAAUAUUUUUGUUCAAUUUAAAAGUAGUGUGAGUAGUUAUAGACAAUAUAAAGGCCUAUUGAUUCAAAUGUCAAGCAAAACCUAAACUUUAUUUCAUAUAGAUCUAUCAUUUAAAGGUUCAGAUUUUUAAACGUCCUGCCUUUAGUGUUUAAACAUUUAACUUGGAUUUUAUAAUUUUAAAACUAUAUAAAUUGCUAUUGUAGUGAUGUAUAGUAGGUAAUAGAUAUAAGUAGCUGGUUUCACCGGUGGUUUCCACUAAUUUUUUUUAUUGUCAAUACAAAAAAGCAGAGGAAUUUUUCAGGAUAACUUAAUUUGAAACAUUUUAAUAUCAAAGAAUCUUGCUCUUAAUUAGUCUCAAACAGUAUUUAUGCUUGAAUAAUUAUAAAGGUAUAAAGAAACUCUUAUCGUGUGUAAUCUUUAAAGUUGCACUGGCAUGAUUUAAGUAUUCCUUUUGAGUAGCCUGAAGUGUAGGAAAUGCAGAAGGAAAAAGGCAUAUGUAUUUUUCUUCUUUUUGAAAUGUAAAACUUGGGGGCAUAAAAGACCUUUCUGGGUGCGUGCUUCUCAAUUUGGAUCACCGUUUCAUGAGACUCCUGUGGUUAAUGUUGGAGAGGCUAUUUCCUACUGUGGUAGAAUGUUGUAUUCUGCCCCAUUAGGGUAAUUAUAGUAAUUCGAGUUCACCAGACUUGGGUUACAAGUCGUAGGGGUUCCACUGAGCAAUUGGAUCUUGAGUACGUAUCUUUCUAGCCUUUGUCUAAACCAGUCCUUAGCCUCUCUCCAUUCAUGAAUUCAUUGAAAAACUAUGCCUGGCAUUGGGUGUACCAAGAUGAAGAAAACAUUUAUGGUCAUGAGGAUCCAGAACAUAGUAUAAUAAUUAACUAUAAGAAAAUGUAUAAGUGAUUCUGGAAAAAUGUUGGCAGCUAGAGAGCAAAACCAAAUACCUAUGGACAGCAGUUAGCAAUAAAAUUAGGUGUUAAGCUGUUUCCAUGAACCUUCAAAUAUCAGCAAUUGGAGACAAAUCACCAGCCUGCCUGGUAUUGGUUUUUAUGAAAGUAGAGGGACGAAUUGGGGCAGUGUCUGACGGCCUGGAGAACAGAAGAAUCUUAAAUUAGCCAACAGCCAUUCACUGGGAAGAAGCUAAAACUUUGGGAUUUUAUCCUCUUCUAUAGUGAGGCACAAGUGCCCACAGGACCGCUGAAGUAGUUUACCCCAAUGAGCUCUGAAACCUGACUUGCCAAGACUCACCAGAGACAAGGCCCCACACUGAGGAGACCAUACUGAUGCUGAAGUCACACUGAACAGGAUAAAGAAUAAAGGGGGAGGGGAACACAGGAAAAUCUCAAAGCAAGCCACCAUAUUCUUGAACACUACUCAAAAACGGAAAGUCUAGCUCUGUGAAGUCAGAAGAGCUUUCCUAAACUCUUCUAAGAGUUCAGGAAAAUCUAAAUUCAUGUAAAAAUGAGCAAUAAAAAUACUAAUGUCAAAUUUCAUAAACAGUUAUUGUCAAAAUGUAAUAUGAAUGCUUCUGUAAGCAAAAUACCAGAAGGAUCUCUGAAGAAAUAAUUUAGGGGAAACUUAUCAGCAAAUCAUUCAUGGAUGUAGCAUUUGCCCACCUUGCUACCUAAAUCAGAGUUGUAAUGUUGAGCUAAGUUAUGUGCAGCUGGAGUUGUGGUUUCUAUUGUCCUCAGGGAUAUUUUCAUUCUGGCCCUAUUAUGUGCUGUUUGAUAAGAGAACAGAAGGGGUAUGGUUGUAAAGUCAUGAUUUAUUUACUUAUGAGGGCAAAAGGGAAUAACAAGGAACUUGAGAAAAUUAUGACUUACUCAUUCCAUGUAGGGUUUCUGAUCGUUUUCCUUCUACUUUUACAUUGUGCAUCACCCUUCUCUUGCCCCUCCUUUCAUGCUUAUCCAGCUCAGACUACUGGGCAUAUCAUUAUAAUUUCUAUAGUUUUGACAGUUGGUUAGUCCCAAAUCAUCCUUGAUCAUCUGUUUUCUCUCACCCUAUAUCCAAUUACUUUGUCCAUCAAAUAAAUAGAUUGAAUCGCCUAUUAAAUACCAGACACUCUUCUAAAGCACUGGGGAUACAGCAUGGAUCGAAACAAAGUUCCUGUUCUCAUGGAGUUUACAAUUUAGUUUGGUGGUAGGGGAGCAUUAAAUAUACAUGGCGAUAAGUGCUAUAAAGAGAAAUAAGGGUAAGAAAGGAGAGAAGCUAUUUAUGUAUGGUGCUCAGAAAAAGCUGAGGUCUCCACUACAAUGUAAGCUCCAAAAGGGGAAGGAUCUUCCCUGCUCAUUACUGCAUUUUUCAUGCUUAGAAUGGUGCCUGGCAUAUAACAGACAUGCAGUAUUAGUUGAAUGAAUAAAUAAUGUCGGCCCUGGAGAAAUUAGUUCAAACUUUCCCCAUUUUUUUUAUUAGGUCAGCAGCAGGCACAAUUAUCCCAAGUUGUCAUGUCACUCCAAUGCACCUCUUGCUGAAAUAAGAGAAAAGGAAGCUAUUUCGUAUGAGGCCAGUAACCUCAAAUCAAAAGGAAAACUUGAGAUCUCACCUGUCAUGACAUAGCUAUCCCUUUGCCAUCUUCCGCUAGGCCAGGGGAGUUGUCCGGCUCAUAUUUGGUAGCCUGGAUAAGUAGGAGUGUUUCGUGAAAGAAAAAUCCUAACUACUGCAAAGCUGCAAAUCGAUUUCCUCGAGGGUAAUGCUUAGCUUCUGUUAGUCCCAUAGGCAAUAGAUACUCGCUGAAUGAAUGAGUGGAAUGACUGAAUAAUGAAUCGCGACCCUGCAUACAGCAGAACUAGGGAGGGCGGGCCCGCUCCGGGUUCAGCUGUAGUGAGUGGGUGACACCCCGUGAAAGAGCUGCGUGGAUCAACAACUCUAGAUCGGGAGCCCAGCUCCCGGGCCUGCGACAGCCCCAAAAUGCCAGGCUUAAACAACACCGCUACUUAGCACCUAAGAAACCUAAAACCGUGUCCUGCGCGUGCGUCACCGUCCCAGCGUGGCCCGCCCCCGCCCCGCCCACAAGCAGCCCUGUUGUCUUUUAUUGGCUGCCUUGCGGAAGACCCGCCCUCAUGGGAAGUAAAAACAUGGUAGCUUCGAUGGCCUGGUCGAAUUGCCACGAAUAGGCAGUUGUCUUGGAACGGCCAAUCAGAAGCCCCGAUAUUCAGCCUUGUCCAAUGAGGUCAGAUAUGGGUUUUGACCCGCGGAGUUUGAUUUUCGUCCAGGGACGCGGAAGUACGUCCUGAGGUAGGGGCGAGCGGUAGGUUGGUUGGGCGCGGAAGGAGGCGGCUGCGCCCCCGCGGAGUUGCCCUGGCUGCGCUAGGAGCUCAGCGCCUAGCCCGGGGUCGACCUCAUACCCUUCGGUGAGGCCGUGGUCGCUGUUUGUGGCCUGCAAGCCGGAGCGCGCGGGCGGACGCGGGGUGGACGUCUGAACUCUCCUGAACCAGGACCAGCGCACUCCGGAGUUCUUCGACUGGGGAUUCCGAGACAGCGAUUCAUAACGCGUUGAUGUUCUCGUGUUGCCGGGAGGCUAGGCUUCGGAGGAAGGUGAGCAAGGCCACCGUGCUGGUUUUGGACAGCCCCGGAGGAAGCUUGUGGCCAAAGCGAGUGACACGACCGGGUUCUGGUCGCGGCCUCUUACCAGUGGGGUGACUCCGUAACGUUACCUAUCUGGGAUUCUUGCUCCUUAUCUUUGAAGUACCAAGAGACUUACUAUGUUUCCUUGAAUUUGCUUCUGUAUUUGCUUCAUCAAUGUCUUUCAUAUUGAAUAUCUUAAGAAGGAUGCUGGAAUAUUUUGGUGUCCCCAUAGACCAGGUUUUGCUGAUUUGGGAGAAUAAAGACUAUGGAUCAACCCGGAGUAUUGUUCGUAUUAUUGGGAAAAUGCUGCCAUUAGAACCUUGUCGAAGACCUAAUUUUGAGUUGAUCCCAUUCUUGAACUCUGUGGACUCUGAUAACUGUGGAUCUGUUGUUCCAUCUUUUGCGGAUGUUUUGUGUGUGGCUAAUGAUAAAGAAUCCAGUUAUCUCAGAUUUCGAAAUAGUAUAUGGGAAAAUGGGGAAGAAGAGAAAAUUGAAUGUUUCCAUCCUUUGCCACUAGUUUGGGGUCCAGUGUCACCUGCUCUAAGACAUAACAAACCAGGAAAAAAUGAUCUGCCAGUAAAUGAAGCUGCAAUUAAAAAAAUAGCUGCCCUUGAAAAUGAGCUCACUUUUCUUCGCUCUCAGAUUGCUGCAAUUGUGGAAAUGCAAGAACUGAAAAAUAGUGCAAAUUAUCGCUCUUUGGACUUGAAUGAUGGGACCAUAAGUUUGGGACAAAUGCCAUCAUCGGGGGCUGCUCAGCUGUGUGUGGAACCAGAUGAGUUUCCAAGUCCAGCGCUUUCCUCCCCUCCUCCUCCACCACCACUUCCUCCUCAGCUUUCUUCUCUCCAGCCUCCAUGUUUUCUUCCCACACAACCAGGAUCUAAUAAUAUUUGUGACUCAGAUAAUUCAGUGACUGAAAUUAACAAACGUCACCCAGGUGCUAGUAAGACCAACUGUAGUCAUUCAAAAAGCCAGAGAAAUAAAGAUGUUCCAAACAUGCUGGAUGUUCUGAAGGAUAUGAACAAGGUUAAGCUUCGUGCUAUUGAACGGUCACCUGGUGGUAGACCCAUUCGUAAAAGGAAAAGACGAAGUUCACAAUGGGAUCCAGUGUCUUUAAUAUCUCAAGCACUUAAGCAGAAAUUUGCCUUCCAAGAAGAUGAUUCUUUUGAGAAAGAAAAUAGAUCUUGGGAGUCUUCCCCAUUUUCUAGUCCAGAAACUUCAAGGAUUGCACAUCACAGUCAGAAGGACUGAACUAAAGAAAGAACUGGGAAACACAAAAGCUGUUGACCAAGAUGUCAGCAGCAAGAGCUGUGUCUAUACUUGGAUGGAAAGAUUGCAGAAAUAACACCAGCCUGUCUUUCACUGCAUUUCAAAGGAUCUUCUCUGCUGUUGAAUGAGGUUAAAUGAAGCCUGUGUACUGGGAUAUGUUAGUUCAGAGGUCUGAAGAGUCUUGAUUCUUAAGGAUACCUGUUUCUGGUUUUGGAAGAGCCAGCAGUUAACUGGCUACUGAUGAUAGUUAGCUGUCUGGAUUUUUUUUUAAUGUAUGGUAAUAAUAUGAAUAUGUUAUUCAGCUCUCAUGCCAAAUACAUACUUCAAAUAAGUUUCUUAAGCAAUUAUGAUUUCUUAAUUUAAGAACCUUUGAAUCUUUUAACAAUUGGUAGUGAUCUGGUUUACUUGUCUUCCAGCAACUUGGAGAUUUUCGAAGAGGAUAAAAUUAUACAUUUUCAUUAAGAUAGUCAUAGUUUAAAUUAUAUAGGUUGAGCCUUUUAAAACUUCUGAGAUGAUAAAUUAUUCUGAGAAACUUAUUUUCUUGUUAAAUGCUGAAAUAAAUAUUUAAAGUCUUCUUGACAAGUUUUACCUAUAUUUGCUAUGUAAAUAUGUAUGCCUGUCAUUUUUUGUUCCUUUGUUUCUUAUUACAUUUGUACUCUGUUUCUUUGUAAAUAGAGGGUAAAAUAAAAUGCCUUUUGAACUUGGUUGUGUCUUGUAGCAAUGCAAAUGUUUUCUUGCUACUUUGUGAAAUCUGACCUCUAUUUUUGUGAGAUGGAGUUCUGUAGGUAGAGUUUCUUGGAUAAUACUAAUGAAACACAUACAUCUGCAAUAGGUAUUUUGUCCCUUUUCACCCACAUACUCAUGUGAUAUGAAAAUUUCCAUGUUUCCCUAGACCUCCCCCAUUUUGCCAGGCUCUCUGCUUUCAGAAGAGCCCAACUUGCCCAGUUUUCUUGUGCAGUGACAGAAGGUUGGUUGCCUUGCCUACCUCCAUUUCCAACCCCUUUGUCUCCCUGGCCACUUUGCAGUUAAGAGUGGCCAUACAGUAGUCAUCUUAUGACCAUGAGGAACAGGCAUCGAAUCCCAGGGAUGCACACCCUGAUACUGCUGGUGUUUGUGAAACACCACCAGCAAGACCUAUCUCCAGACUUCUUGCUACAGGAGAAAGGUAUAUGAGAAAAAUAUACCUAUGGGCUUUCUGUUGCUUGGCGGCCAAAAGCAUUUGCAAUGAUACAACAAGUAUAGUGCUGUAGUUUUUGAAGCCUGCCUAUUAUUCCUUCUGUGAUUGUUUUUUGAUACUUCUUACCCUGCUGAUCAAUAGUUUAUUUGUUCUUGCUGUUGUUCCUGCCCUUCUUGUAUGUUUCUCUCACCCUGCCUUUUCUCAUUAUCCUUGUGAUAAGAAUUCUUUUUUCCUGAAAUAACUGCUUUUCAUCUCCUAAGGUAGGUAGGCUUGCAUUUUCAGUUUUCUAGUUUCUUUAUUCAAGAAUGUAUAACCAACAACUCCUCCAACAACCAGCAGAAACUUUUGGAAGAUACCAUCCUCUGCCAAAUAAAGUAUUUGUAUUUCUUAAUAAAUCUCAAGUUUAAUUUUUUGAGGACUUUUCUGCUCUAGAAUGAAUUUCCCACUUCAAAGCAUA